AUGACCUGCUUUAUCAACGUCGAUUCCGACCUUCUGUCAUACAACUCGCCCACCUCCACCUCCCCCCACACCACACCCUUUGCCCGGGUCUCCGCCCUCCAACAAGUCCUCACAACCCGCUUCCUCGAACACAAAAAGCUUGCCUCCCCAGGCUCCAUAUCCUCCCAAAACACUGGCCACGCAAAUCGACUCGCAUACCAAGCGCCCCCGCCCCCUCCCGACCCAACAAUCAUCACCUUUACCCCAAACCCCGUCUACACCACCGGCCGCCGCGAUCUGCCUCCGUCCAACACAUGUCCGCCAGACCCGAAGAACCUGUCGUUGCCGCCGGCGCUUGAACCCAUCCGCUCCCUACUCACACCGUCGGGGUCCAAUGCGCCGCGGGCGGAGUACCAUCCCACCCUCCGCGGUGGCCAGACCACCUUCCACGGGCCCGGCCAGAUGGUCGCGUACACGAUUCUGGAUCUCAAGCGGCUGGGUCUGACGCCGCGGUGUCACAUCCGCGUGCUGGAGAAUAGUGUCAUCGACCUGUUGAAGCAGUACGGAGUGAACGGGUUCGUCACGGCCGACCCGGGCGUGUGGGUGACGGAUCCUGCGGCGGGUAACUCUGCGCCGAAGAAGAUAACCGCGGUGGGGGUGCAUUUGCGGCGGAAUAUUAGUAGCUUUGGCAUUGGACUGAAUGUUACGGAGGAGCCGAUGUGGUAUUUUCGGCAGAUUGUGGCGUGUGGGCUUGAGGGGAAGGAGGUGACCAGUUUGGAGGGUGUGGGCGUCGAGGGCGUAGGCGUGGAUGAGGUUGCUAGUGGCUUUGUGGAGAGGUUUGUUAGUCGGAUUAAUGAGGAUUUUGCGUGUGGUCAGAGCGCGUUGGGCGAGAGGAUAGACGAGGUGUACCCCGUGCGGGAGAAGGAUCUCCUGAGCUUCCUAUGA